UGAGAGGAGGCAGUGUGAGGGAGGUAUUUAUUGUGUGUGUGUUGCAGUCCGCUCCAGGCUUGUCCAGGGCUCCAUGCUUUUGGCACGAUCGCGCACUCAGGAUUUUUUCAUUAUUCACCAUGCGUGCUCUGCACUUGGACAGCGAUUUCCUCCGUGAUUACGUGUGGCGCGUCUCCCUGCGGGAAAGCUCCCCCGUGGAGAGGUCCUGAUGGGUUUGGGCCUUACUUGAAUUUCCCAGCUUAUUAUGUGUCUGCACUGCGCGCUAACGCAGUUCCUCAGCAGCCAGCUCCGCUUCCAACAGCAGCAGCAGCAGAAGCGGCGGCGGUGGCGGCACAAAGAGCUGGCCCUGCUGCCGAGCCGGCCAGCCGGACGGCGGUCAUGGCACCAAGCUGGUCCCGCUCGCCGGCCCCCCGUCGGUGAACAUCCCCCGCACACUCGGACAGACAGCCCCGCUCUUUCUAUGUGUGCGACUAACGGAGGAGGAUCGGGACACUCUCCGGGCAGGAUAAACAAGGGGCGCCUCGUACCCUCUUUAGAUUUCUGGCUAAACAGGUGAUCCCUCCCUCCACACACACACACACACACACGUUUAAAAAUCCGCCAAGUUUAUUAUUGUUGUUGUGCAGAGAGUUAAAGCGUCAGAUCGACGGGAUUUUGUUUUGCUUUUUCCUUUCCUCUCCACUUUUUUUUGCACGCACUCCCCGCGCCCCGCUCCUUGCUGAGAAUUUUAGUCCUUGAGGUCGCCGUUGACUUGGGAAAAGGGGGCGGGCGGGAAGGAAGGUUGGUGGUGUUUGUAAGGUUUGCACGGAAGGAAGGUGGAGGUUAAUGCAAGUGGAUUUCGUGCAACAAUAGAUCGAAAUAAAAGGAGCAGUGGCAUACUUUUUUUCCUUUGAAAACAUCGAGUUUAUUUCGAGGGGGGGGGAAGGAGAAAAAUAAACAGGGACCCCCCUCCCGCCGUCUUUCCUCCUCCUCCCCACCCCUCAACUCCCCCGUAAAUAAUCACUUCUUGUCUUCGCGUGGACUGGCUGGACCCCGCAUCCAAAUCCACCAGUUGCAAAGAAGUUGGUGUGUGUUGGGAGACAGAAGAGGAAAAGGGAAAAAAAAAUAAGAGGGAGAGAGGAGAUUUUUCUUAUUUUAAAAAAAAGCCACAAACCAAAAAAAAAAUUUAAAGAAUCAUCACUUCACUGAAAUCUAGUUUUAGCACCACCACGAACAAAAAAAGUAGGAAGGAGACGUCACACGUAGUCCACUCCGAGAGGUUGAAGUUGCCGCAUUGCAACGGGCAGGAGGAGGGAGAGAGAGAGAGAGCACGGAGCAAAGAUUGAUGUUCGGAGCUCCAGUCCCUGCCCCGGACAGCAGCGCCCACAGGACAGAUUCUUCCAGCGGAGUGAAGGACUGGGGACAUGUCCAGACGCAAACAGUCUAAGCCUCGGGCUGUUAAAGUAAAUACAUGUUAAGGACUAAACCCUGUAUGAGGACAAAGAUCGUUCCAUGGCUAACUGAGGAGAUUUAGAAGAGCAAAAGAAAAAGUGUACAGUACUGCCAGUUGAAGAAAGUGAAUCUUCGGAAUUUGACUUAAAUUGGGACUCAGCAACCACACGAACAGCAGGAACCUCAGGAGGAGACCAGGAGUAUGAUACCAAGGACGGACAACUGUUGGAAGACAGACACAGCAUGACCAGUCAGGAAGAGAGAAAUGAAGAUGAUGAAGACAUGGAAGAUGAAUCAAUUUACACCUGUGAUAAUUGUCAGCAGGACUUUGAUUCACUGGCUGACUUGACAGAACAUAGGGCACAUCGCUGUCCUGGAGAUGGCGACGAUGACCCACAAAUAUCAUGGGUAGCUUCAUCGCCCUCCAGUAAAGAUGUUGCAUCCCCCUCUCAGAUGCUAGGAGAAGGCUGUGAUCUUGGCCUGGUGGAUGAAGAAGGAGGGACUGGUUUGCCCUACCCAUGCCAAUUUUGUGAUAAAUCAUUCAGCCGUUUGAGUUAUCUUAAGAGGCAUGAGCAAAUCCACAGUGACAAACUUCCCUUCAAGUGUACAUUUUGUAGCCGCCUAUUCAAACAUAAACGAAGUCGUGACCGUCACAUCAAACUUCACACUGGAGAUAAAAAGUACCACUGUCACGAGUGUGAAGCAGCUUUUUCUCGCAGUGAUCAUCUCAAAAUCCACCUGAAAACUCACAGCUCAAGUAAGCCAUUCAAGUGCACAAUUUGUAAACGUGGGUUCUCUUCCACAAGUUCAUUACAGAGUCAUAUGCAGGCUCACAAGAAGAACAAAGAUCAUAUUACAAAGCUUGAGAAGGAGAUGAAGAAAGAAGAUGUUGUUUGCGAUUAUUGUGAUGAGACAUUUAAUCAAGUUGAAGACUUGGAAAAACAUAUCGCAACAAAUCACCCACAGAUUUGUGAGAAGGCAGAGUUACAGUGCAUCCAUUGCCCUGAAGUAUUUGCAGAAGAAAAUGCAUUGAUAAAUCACAUUGACCUAGCUCAUGGGAAUAAGAAACAUAAGUGUCCUAUGUGCCCAGAACAGUUUCCUACAGUGGAAGAAGUCUAUUGCCACUUGGAUAGCCACAGACAACCAGAUUCUAGUAAUCAUAGUGUGAGCCCUGAUCCUGCUACAGGAAGUGCAGCUUCAAUGAGUAGCACGACCCCAGAUUCUAGUGCUUCAGUAGAACGAAGUUCCACGCCUGAUUCUACCUUAAAACCAUCCAGAAGUCACAGGAAACCUUCAGGAUCUUUGGAAAGAGAAGGAAGUCAAAACUCUUGGUCACCUAAAGUCACCUAUAGCUGCCCAUAUUGCUCUAAGCGUGAUUUCAGUAGCUUGGCUGUCCUAGAAAUUCAUUUAAAAACUAUUCACUCAGAUAAACCUCAGCAAGGUCACACAUGCCAAUACUGCCUUGAUUCACUUCCCACUUUAUAUAACUUAAACGAGCAUGUCCGGAAAGUCCACAAAAAUAAUAUUUUUCCAGUAAUGCAGUUCACCAGUGCAUCAACGUUUCACUGCAAUUACUGCCCAGAAAUAUUUGCCGAUCUAAGUAGUUUGCAGGAACACAUUCGAAUUACACAUUGUGUUCCAAAUACACUCUCUCAAGAUGGAAACCAUACUUUCUUCUGUUCCCAUUGUUCACUGGGAUUUCUUACAGAAUCUUCACUCUCAGAUCACAUUCAACAAGCUCACUGUAAUGUAGGAAAUCCCAAGCUGGAGUCUCCUGCACUCCAAGCCACGCAGUCCUUCAUGGAAGUUUAUUCUUGUCCUUAUUGUACCAAUUCACCCAUUUUUGGCACCAUUCUUAAGCUCACAAAGCACAUCAAGGAAAACCAUAAGAACAUUCCACUAGCAGCAAACAGUGGCAGAAAGUCAAAGUCGGAACAAAGUCCCGUUUCUUCUGAUGCAGAAGUCUCUUCUCCGAAAAGACAGAGGUUGUCAGCAAGUGUACAAUCACUGUCAAAUGGGGAAUACCCAUGCAAUCAAUGUGAUCUCAAGUUCUCUUCUUUUGAAAGUUUCCAAAGCCAUCUGAAGUCACAUUUGGAAAUUCUUCUAAGGAAGCAAUCCUGUCCUCAGUGCAAAGAGGACUUUGAUUCCCAGGAGACCCUGUUACAACACCUCACCAUACACUACAUGACAACUUCAACUCAUUAUGUCUGUGAGAGCUGUGAUAAGCAAUUUUCUUCAGUUGAUGACCUACAGAAGCACUUGUUGGAUAUGCAUACUUUUGUUCUAUACCACUGCACGUUGUGCCAAGAAGUGUUUGAUUCCAAGGUCUCCAUCCAGGUGCAUUUAGCAGUGAAGCACAGUAACGAAAAGAAGAUGUAUCGCUGCACAGCCUGCAAUUGGGAUUUCCGAAAGGAAGCAGAUCUUCAACUUCAUGUCAAGCAUAGCCAUUUAGGUAAUCCAGCAAAGGCCCGUAAAUGUAUAUUCUGUGGCGACACAUUCAGUACAGAAGUGGAACUGCAAUGCCAUAUUACAACACACAGCAAAAAAUAUAACUGUAAAUUUUGCAGUAAGGCCUUCCAUGCCAUUAUUUUGCUAGAAAAGCACUUAAGGGAGAAGCACUGUGUGUUCGACAACAGCAGCCAGAAUGGUACAACAAAUGGCAUUGUAUCAUGUAACAAAAGAGUGGAGACUGAUCUUCAGAACAUACUGAUGAAAAGCCAGGAAGCACUAAACAGUCACGAAGCUAGCGAAGAUGAUAUUGAUGCUUCGGAACCAAUGUACGGCUGUGAUAUCUGUGGUGCAGCAUACACUAUGGAGGCCCUUUUGCAGAAUCACAGGUUGAGAGAUCACAAUAUUCAACCUGGAGAAGAUGAUUGUUCUCGGAAAAAGGCUGAAUUCAUCAAGGGGAGCCACAAAUGCAACAUCUGUGCUCGGACAUUUUUCUCGGAGAGUGGUCUCCGAGAGCAUAUGCAGACCCAUCGUGGACCUGCUAAACACUACAUGUGUCCUAUUUGUGGUGAGAGGUUCCCUUCCCUUCUAACACUGACUGAGCACAAGGUCACACAUAGCAAAAGUCUGGAUACGGGAACCUGCAGGAUCUGCAAAAUGCCAUUGCAGAGUGAAGAAGAAUUCAUCGAGCACUGUCAGAUGCACCCAGAUCUGAGAAACUCUCUCACGGGGUUCCGUUGUGUAGUUUGCAUGCAGACAGUAACCUCUACUCUUGAGCUGAAAAUUCAUGGAACAUUCCACAUGCAAAAAUUGUCAGGAAACUCUGCAUCAUCCUCUCCAAAUAAUCAGAGUCAUCAGAGACUCUACAAGUGUGCUUUAUGCCUGAAAGAAUUCAGGAGCAAACAGGACUUGGUGAAACUUGACAUCAAUGGCUUGCCGUAUGGCUUAUGUGCAGGUUGCAUGAACAGAGGUACCAAUGGUCAAUCUUCAAAUGUAACUCAACAGGAAAACAAUGAACGAACCAGUGUCAGUCUUCGGUGUCCGGAUUGUUCGGUUAAAUUUGAAACUGUCGAGGAUCUGGAGAGUCAUAUCCAGAUAGACCAUAGAGAAAUGACACCAGAAACAAGUAGCCAGAAAAAGUCAUCACAGGCAUCACCUGCUCCAAGGAAGAAGACCUACCAGUGUAUCAAGUGCCAGAUGACUUUUGAGACUGAACGAGAAAUACAGAUCCAUGUUGCAAAUCAUAUGAUUGAGGAAGGCAUCAAUCAUGAGUGCAAACUGUGUAACCAGAUGUUUGACUCGCCAGCAAAGCUACUGUGUCACCUGAUUGAACACAGCUUUGAAGGGAUGGGAGGUACUUUUAAAUGCCCCGUUUGUUUUACAGUCUUCGUGCAGGCAAACAAACUGCAGCAGCACAUCUUCGCAGUACAUGGGCAAGAAGAUAAGAUUUACGACUGUUCGCAAUGCCCACAGAAAUUCUUCUUUCAAACUGAACUUCAGAACCACAUGAUGAGUCAGCACGCACAGUAAGGUGUCAGCACUGCGAGACAUAUUCUCUGCAGAAGACUCGACAGAGACACAGUGGGAGAGAACUUUUGAACAUUACAUCCAAUCAAAGUGUCAUUUGAAACCCAGAUGUAAAACUAAUGAUUUGGCCAUGAGGCACUGCUAUUAUAAGCAGUUUGAAAUGAAUAUUAAUGUAACAGAUUAAAAGUAUUCUAUGCUCAGUAUUUUUCUGUCCUGCUUUUAACUAGUGAGUUCACAGCUUUUGCUUCUAAUCAGAGUUAUAGUGUGUUAGAAACAUCAGCAUUGUUGCUGUUGUCCUUUGUUGCUUAACGUAGUGAGCUAAUAGAUGUCAAGAUAACUAGAUGUAUUUUGUUAAUACUUGCUUUUAAAUGCAGAAUUAGCCAGAUGUGAUAACUGUGAUGCGCUAGCUUGCCAUUGUCAGAAUUUUUUUUCUUUUUGUCGAAGAAGGAUGUUUUAAUUGAAUUGACCGAUUCACAGUACAAUGAAAGACUAUGUAAAGAAAAACAAUGAUUACAGUGCAACUGGAUGGUGUUUGCUUAUAAAAUGUGAUUUACCUGAUUGCAAUAACGAGGGCAGUAUAAUAAAGGGAAACCACGCACUUGA